GAUCUUGAUCUAUUCCCUUUACCCUUCGCCACCGAUUCAAGCGAUGGCGUUCACCCGUGCGUUCUACAGCCGGGAGUCGUUAAAUUUAUUAAAAUAAUAACACAACAAAAAUGCUCUUUGUAUAAAUAAACAAAAUUAUAAAUUAACUUUAUGUAUUUAUUUGGAACUAAAUUUUCAUCAACUCGAGGUUAAAAGCUGAUGAACUAGCAAGAUGCUUCCAUUAUCGCACAGAGACGGCCGAGGGAUCGGCAGUAAAAUAAAAGAAAAAAUAUACAGCUGGAAAAGACUAAUUUUCUCGGACCCAAACACAAGGAACUUAUUUUUAUUUUUAUUCCUAAACUUAUCAUUCGCAUUUGUCGAAUUGCUCUUCGGGAUAUGGACCAACAGUUUGGGGUUGAUAUCCGACAGUUUCCACAUGUUCUUCGAUUGCACUGGUCUGGUAGCCGGACUGGCAGCAUCAGUGAUAACCAAAUGGCGAGCUAACGAGCGGUACUCCUUUGGGUACGUCCGCGCUGAAGUGUUGGCCGGUUUCGUGAACGGAUUAGCGCUCCUCUUCGUAGCAAUAGGCAUAAUGUCUAACGCGGUGGAGCGACUGAUCGAGCCGCCGGAAGUAAAACACGAGAGAUUGUUCGCGGUCUCGGUGAUGGGACUGUUCGUCAACCUGGUAGGUAUUUAUGCAUUCCAACACGGACAUGGCCACAGUCACGGAGGUGGCGGACAUGGUCACAGCCACGGUGGAGGACAUGGACACAGUCAUGCUAAUCACGGAGCAUUGAAUAAUCCUGGAGUUACUAAUCUAGGAGUUGGAGUCGGCAUCAAUAUGGAGCAAGGACACGGACACUCUCAUAAUCACAACCACAGUCACAAUCAUGAUCACCAUGAAAUAGAAACAGACACGAUGUUGCCAGCAGGGAACUCUCAGAUUAUGAAGGGAGUGUUUUUGCACAUUCUCGCUGACACUCUUGGAUCUGUGGGUGUAAUUAUAUCAGCGAUACUGAUGCAAAUGUUCGGAUGGAUGAUUGCUGAUCCAAUUUGCUCAAUGUUCAUAGCGUUGAUGAUUAUAAUUAGUGUAGUGUCUCUGUUGAAAGAAUCAGCAGUGAUACUAAUGCAGAGACAGCCUGUCGCGCUAGACCACGUUCUUCCUGGGUGUUAUAACAAAGUAACACAGUUAUCUGGAGUUUACAGUGUGCAAGAGCCUCGCUUUUGGACUCUUUGCUCGGAUGUUUAUGUCGGGACUUUGAAAUUAGAGGUCGCUAGGACGGUGGAUCCUAAGUACGUGGUAGCUCAUACGGAAAUGAUAUUCCACGCAGCUGGUGUCAGAUAUCUCACUGUCCAGCUAGACUACACGUCCAUGUGAUGACCGUAUGUUAGUAAUUAUUGUAAUGGUAUUGAUAAUUUUGAGUAUAAGUGUCAGUAUGAGAAUAAACCGAGUAAACAAUCGCCAAAUUGUUGUAAAGUACUGUCGGUAAACAGUGUGACUAUUUGUGGUGCUUGUCAGAAAGAAUUGCAAUAUCUUUCAUUGAUUAAAAAUGUUGUUGGUCUUGUUAAAUUUUUUGGCAAUUAUAUUGUCACUAGAAAAAAUUACUAUAAAUUUCAUCUAGAAAUUGUUUAGUUUUAAUGUUUUAUAUUUAGUAUAAAAAUACUGCGUGAGUGAGGAGUAAUUAAUUAUUAAUUUGAUAAAAUUUUCUAUUACAAUAUUGUUAUAUUUAUAACCGCGAAAGAUUCACUAUAAUUUUGAUAUUUUUUAUUUCAAUUUGAAUUUUUAAAAUAAAUUCUUUAUAUGUAUUUUUUAACUUUCGUCAGGUCAAAUAGAAAAUUUUGUAUAAAAAUUGAAUUGUUGAAUCUAAUAAAUUUAUGUGCAGUAAUGUUUUAAUAGAUUAAAAUAUUAUUUGUAAAAUAAUUUUAGUGACAAGUCUUGACAAUUUUUAUUGUACAUUUGUCCUUAAUUUUGAGUAUACAUAUAAAAAUAAUUAUGGAAAUAGAUUAUAAAAGUGGUUAGUUAAUUAAAAACUAAUAAUAAUUAGUCAAAUAUUGAAGAAAAGAGUGGAAUGGUUGAUGUAUAAUUUGUAAAUAUAAUUAAUCAGUCAUCAUGUAUUGAACGGCUAUAAGACAGAACAUUUAUAUCUAAUCUUUAAACUUUUUAUAAAUAAUAUAGUAGUUUAAGUAAGACGUGUUGAAGUAAGUGGCAAUGAUACAUUUAUAUAUUAACUAUAAAUGAGUUAAAAAAAAUUAGUAUUUAAUGAGAAAUGUACAUUGAGGAGUUCCACCGUUUAUUGGAUCUUAAUAAAUGUUACUGCCAAAUUA